AUGGAUGCACACGCCUCACCACGACCGCGCAAACGUCGUGCUAUCAAUGCCUGUGUCAAUUGCCGGACGUCCAAGGUGCGAUGCGACGGAAACCGCCCCUGUCAACGUUGCGAAAGGAAUAGUGCUUCCUGCCAGUACUUUGACGCAGUCAAGGACGAGAAUGUACUCCGUAUCGAGAAGUUGGAAGCCGACAUGGCUGCACUGCGCGAGCUGCUCGGCACCAGGGAGACACCCGGUCCAAGGACCAGCUCACACAUGGAUAACGCAAGCGUGACUGUUGCAGAAGUCACACCUCGUUCCCCGGCCGGGCACAACGCAAUUGGCAGUGCCGUUGAUGCUGGCUUCAUCACUUGGGAUCAAGCUGCUCACUGGUACCAGAGCUUUUUCUCCGGCAGUCAAUAUCUUGUCCCAAUAUUCUGCGAGAGAUAUGACACCAUCACUUCUGUAUCCUCACGGAGUGCCGUCCUCUUCGAUGCCAUAGUCAGCAUCGGUUGUCGUGCUGAGGAAGGUUUUAAUGCAACCAUCUACCGCCAGCUCCAAUCCAGGGUUCGCGAUCACAUUACAAACUUGCUCAUCAACAAGAGUAUACCCAGUAUAGAGGACAUCCAGGCCAUUGCCCUGGUAGCUGCCUACUCUGAAAAUGGUUUUUUCUUGAUUGCAACGGCCCUUCGCUUUGCCAUACAGCUUGACCUGCCUCGGGUCGUUGAUCAACUGAUUGCAAAAGGCCAAAUACGUUCUGGAGUCGUCAGCAAUGAUGAGCAAGAACUGUACCGUCUUUCACGCGUCUGGCAUGGCAUUUGCAAUCUCGAACUCUUUUUCUCGCUAGACGGAGGAAAGUUACCGGGCUUGAAUUUCCAUACCUCCCCUAGGAAAAUCCGAAGCCUUCUCCAACACCCUGAACAUACAUCAGUCGACAUUCGGCUACUCUCUCAAAUAGAACUCAACCUGAUUCGUGCAGAAGCAUAUACCAAGAUCAUGCGACGGGACACGGAUGAAUUUCUUCUCCAAGAAAACGAAAACAAAGUCCGGAGUACAGUAGACGAAGCUUGUGUAGAGUUGACGCUCUGGCUGGAUGAAUGGACAAACAUCAUCUUGGCAGAACCCGUGCCACAUCGACGAGCAAUGGCGUUACAAAACCUCCACAUCCAGCGUGAAUGGGCCAUGAUGACACUGUACUUAAAGGCUGUGGCAUCAUCUGGCGUGGAAAAUAUUGCAUUCAUGACCGACUUCCAGAAAAACUUUAUACGCAGAGCUAAAGACGCAGCAAGUCGACAUCUACAUUACAUGCUGCAAUCCUAUACAUCGACGCCAGAUUCUUCGCCAGCGUCCUCAACACACACAAUUGGCUCGACCUAUCUCAGCACAUUCCGGUGGGCUCUGGAUUACGUAUGGGCAAAGUGCGCAGUCUCCGUUUUGCUCGUACUCAAAUUGGCCAUUCUCCUCCGCGAUCCUGCCGCGUCCGUCAUGGCACUUCUCCGCGACGCUCAUAGGGUACUUGAAGAGCUCAAGACUGUGACGGUAGGCCAUAUUGCAUACUUCCAAAUACUUCAAACAAGUAUUGAGAAAUGCGAGGCUGCAUUGCGAGAGUACUCUGUUGAACAGAAUCAUGCUACACAGUCGUCACCUGCGUCUGGGACAGAUGGUGGUGCUGCUGAAACAGAGUUUCAGGGCUACGUGCCCCGAGAAUUCGUAUUCGAGUGGGACUUUCCCGGGCUCAAUCUUAAACACAUGCCUUUAGGGUGGCAGGAUCUUUUCGUCAACAUUGACAGUCUCUUCUGA